GUAAGUGAGGAUGGUCUUAAAGUAAAGAGGAAAUCAUCAGACCCUGUGCCAACUCUAUCCCUCCUCUCUCCUGAGGAUAGAAAGGACAUGAGCAAUCGCACUCUUUACAUGAAAGGCUUUCCAAAAGAUUCAACUCUUGAUGACAUUCAAGACUUUCUUCUCCCAUUUGGAGAGACUGAAAUGAUACGAAUGAAGAAAGACCUUGACAAACAGUUUAAGGGAUCAAUAUUUGUUGAGUAUAAGUUAGUGGACUCCAUUAGUAAAGUACUGGAGAAGAAAGCAGAACUAAAGUAUAAGGAUGAGCUAUUGACUGUGGAGACAAAGCAGGAUUACUUUAAACGUAAGGAUGCAGAGAGGAAGGAAAAGAAGGCUCAGUCUCGUGUAGAAUCAUCUUCAGGUUCUGCCACUGAAACAUCAAA